AUGGCCUCCUGGGGCCCGGGACUCCGGCUCCUGCUGGGAAUCCUGCUGCUGCUGCUCCCGCCUCCUGCGACCCCUGCUUCCGACCGUCCCCGGGGCAGAGACCCGGUCAACCCAGAGAAGCUGCUGGUGAUCACGGUGGCCACAGCCAAGACGGAAGGAUACCGGCGUUUCCUGCGGUCAGCGGAGUUCUUCAACUACACAGUGCGGAAAAAGAAGAAAACUCGAGGCGAUCAUUUUAAACUUCGCUUCCGAAAGAACUUUCAGGCCUUGCUAGAGGAGCAGAACCUGAGCGUGGCCGAGGGCCCCAACUAUCUGACAGCCUGUGCGGGUCCCCCCUCCCGGCCUCAGCGGCCCUUCUGUGCCGUCUGCGGCUUCCCCUCCCCGUACACCUGCGUCAGCUGUGGCGCCCGAUACUGCACGGUGCGCUGUCUGGGCACCCACCAGGAGACCAGGUGCCUGAAGUGGACUGUGUGAGCCUGGGCGUCCCCAGAGGGGAAGGCCCUCUGCACCCCACCUCAGCCUCGGAGAAGCCUUGGCCAAGGAGAGAGGUGCUCUUCUGGACCGAGAGAGGAGCCGUUCACUCGCCCAGCAAAGCUGUGUCCUACCUGCUAGGGAAGACAGGCCUAGUCCUGGGGGCUGUUUGGGGGGAAGUGGGCUGGGCCCUCAGCGUGCUGUUGUAAUAAAAGGUGUCAUCCGA